UGAGGAUAACUAUGACAUUGAAGAUUUUGUUUUGCGAGUUGUAUUUGAAAAUACGUAUACUGCCGGAGGGCUGGCAUUUUUAUGUGACCGAAAUUUCGAUUGUGACACCUGUGCUAAAUGUCCAACAACAGGAUAUAAAAAUAUUUCUGAUAUGGUACGCGUUACUUGUCCCGAAUUACUUUUCAAUUGCACUUGGAAUGGAAAACCCUUCAAUUGUUGUGAUUAUUUUCUACCACUACAAACAUCUCUUGGUCGUUGUUUUAUUUUGAACUCAAUACAAACAACUAAGAGAAAUGGCCCACAUUGGUUGGAAACAGAAACAAGUUGGGCUAUUGGAUUUGGGCGAUUGCAGUUUGAGGUAUCGAAUCCAACACAAGUACACUUACUUAACGCUGAAGAUAUCCCUAUGUUGUUUCUUCAAAGCAACGUCUUCAAGGUUGGGCAUCGCCAAAGGGAAUGGGAAAUACAAUUAAGUACCCAAAGUAUGAUCAAUGAUCCAGAUGUUCGAGAAAUUUCCCCAGAAUUUAGAAAGUGUAGAUUUCCAGAUGAGAAUUUCGGAAAUUCAGACUAUCAAUAUUACAGUUUUUCAUCUUGUGUAUCGGAUUGUCUUAAGAGAUUACAAAAUCAAACAUGUGGUUGUGUUCACCACAAUUAUAUAGUUAAAAGUACCGAAAAAAUUGUAAUAUGUGAUUAUAAAGGAUUAAUUUGUCUAGAUCAUGCGGAUCUUCUUCGUCCUAAACCAACAAUUCUGCAACCAUGGCGUUCUAAUUCAAUUGUGUGUAAAUGUUUACCAUCUUGUACUGAGCAUGAAAUCAAUGUAGCAUCAGACUAUUUUGAGUAA